UCGAAAUUUCUUAAAGAAAAAACAAAGAAGCUUAAGCCUGCUUCCCAAUUCCAAUGCCAAUCAUAUAAAUAGCUAAUUGGAAGCUCUGCCUAGGCACAGUCUAGCAAUUGAAUCAAUUAAUUGAUAAACUUUCCACAAACAAAGCAGAAUGUUGAAAUUCCUCAUCCUUGCCACCCUGGUAGCCUAUGCCACCGCCGCCGCGGUUGCCGCCGAUGAUGUCCAUGCCGAGGUGAAGAACAUGCAUUCCGAUGUCCGUGCCGAUGGUUUUGAAUACGCCCUGGAAACAUCCAAUUACAUUCGCGAAGAAGCCGCCGGCGAUGAGCAUGGCAACAUGCAUGGCUCCUACGAGUACCUUACUCCCGAGGGAGAACACGUCAAGGUGACCUAUGUUGCCGAUGAAAAUGGCUAUCAUCCCGAGGGUGCCUGGAUACCCACCCCACCACCAAUUCCCGAUUACAUUUUGAAGGCCAUCGAAUACAUUAAGGCCCAUCCACCAAAGGAGGAGGGAAAACAUUAAAUUGUUUCGAAAUCCUUGCUGAUGGCUGAUGGUACGACGAAUGGCAGGCGUGCGAGGUGGAUUCGAAGGACCAUUGAGUUGUGAUAUUCAUUAUAUUUUUUUUCCUUGGAAGAAAAAAAAAAACACAUAAAUUUGUAUAUAAUGAUAAAUAAAAUGGAUAUUAUUUUUUAGAAAACUCGAAA